GGUCGCAUUCGAAAUCAGUGAGAGCUUUUGCAGAGCUCGGCGGAGAUUCAUAAAGACUCAGGAGCAACAAGGAAUAUCACCUCAUAUCCUGCCAAUCAUGCCAUGUCCACUGAGCUUUUUACCUUUUCACUUCGUAGCUCGACCCCGGUCAGGAUGUCAGCAUGUCGCUUGCACGAGGCAGCCAAAGCCAACAGAGUGAAAGAGCUCGAACGACUUCUGGAUCAAGGUUAUCAUGUGGAUCUCGUAGAGGGUGGAUUUACAGCGCUCUACCUCGCUGUUGAAGCAGGGCACAUGAGCAGCGUCCAGUUCCUACUCGCUCGAAAGGCAAACCCAAACGCUCGCUGCAUUGGAGGCGCAACAGCUGUACACGCUGCAUGUAUUCGAGGCUCAACAACAAUCGUACAACAGCUCAUUCUCUGUGGGGGUGAUCUUCGCCUAAGGGAUGACGAAGGUCGAACGCCGUGUGAAUGGGCCCGCGAUUGCCAAGAUCCGACGGCGCGUUCUCGGGUCAUCGAGUUUAUCUUGCGCAAGCGAACGGAUGCCUACCGAUUAGCCGAACGCUAUGUUGAAGACAAACUUCCGACAGCUGAUGGUUGUGCCCUUCUCAAACGAAGGCUUUCAUCCGGCACUCAACGUCGAAAGUGGUGUACAGAACGUCUAAUCACGGAUGGCGGAUUUGGUCCAUUGUACCAGUGGGGUGGCGAAGUCGGGGUGCCUACGCAUAUCAGUUAUGUAUCUCCUGGCCUUCUGUUACAUGCCGACGAUCCGCGGACGACUUGGGCCGGACCGAUGACCGUUUUACAGACGAUGUAUCGAGAUAGCCUGCGGGUGACGGUUAAGCGGUUCACAGCAAAUAGGCGGAUGCGCAAAGGUAUCCGCAGCGAUGUCAUUUUACAGGAGAUUGAAAACAUUCGCCGAUUGACACCGCACCCAAACUAUUUAUGGCCGCUGGCAAUUUCACCGACGGAGAAUAUGGAGGACGCCUUUAUCGUAUACGAAGCUGUUCACUUCGGUAGUCUGUUUAAAUUACUUCAUGAUGAUGACGCGACACCAAGGUUACCCACAGUUGACUUCAUACACAUGCUGAGACAGAUCUGCGACGCCGUUCUGUAUCUCCACGAAACUGGAUUCGUCCAUGCCUGCAUUAACCCACAUGCGAUUGUCGUCAUUUCGCCGAACCUCGCUAAACUGUCUGGUUUUGAGUUUCUUCAGGACGAACGCUCACAACCAAACGAUUGCCGAAAGUUUACGAUUGGGGAUCGUGGUGUCCAAGAAUACUAUUUUCAUUGGUUGGCGCCCGAAGUUUUGGCUAAUGGAUCUGCAAAACAGGCCUCAGAUUUAUAUUCGCUAGCAGUGGUUGUUUGGGAAGUUUUCACUAAGACCAUACCGUGGUGUGACGAAGAUCUGGAUAGCGUUUAUCAGGAACUCGUCGUUCACAAGAAAAUCCUACAAACACCGGACAAUAUACCUUCGGAGUUUCAGCGUGUUAUGCAUAUGGCAAUGAUGCCGUCCAUUUCGCAGCGAAAAACAAAUCUAGAGGAGAUCUACCAGCAGCUAUCGGUUAUCAUCUCCGGAGGUCAAAACAGGGGACCCUGGCCGGUAACGCAUAAUCGUCGGGUCGCUAACCUCUAUUCGUCAGGGCAAUCAUCCCAACUGAGUAAAUUAAAAAGUCAUGACAUUUCCAUGCGUUCGUCGUUCCGAACUCCGCCCCCCUAUGUCGAAGAUUCAGAGCUUCCUAGCUUGUACGCCGGCGACACUUUCGAGACUGCCAAUAUGUCCGCACACGUUACGAUGGACUUGUCGCGAUUACCUCCACGUAAUCAUCGGAAGUCAGCCACCUUGAUGAGUACGCCAAAACGGCCGGCAAGCGUUUCGUCCAAUGACAGUGAAAGCUCAGGCGCCAGCUUUGAGAUGAAACAGGCUAGAAAAGCCGAGGGGUCAGUGAAGGAGCGUUUGGCGCGACUCACCAAUGCGUUUGUAUCAACGACAUCUUCAAAGUUGCGCGGCGUAACUCCUCCGAAAAAGUCUUCCCAACCGAUUUCAGUGGACCCGACAGCAGCAACAAUUAAAGAUACAGAGCAGAUACAAACCACUGCAGUCCAACCUGCCUUGGAGGUCAGAAACUAUGAACAUCAGACGCAACAAGUCUCACCGCUAGAAACAGAUGAUAAUCACCGUCAACCAAGACUAAUAUCAACUCAUCAGAAGUUUGCGCCUCAUGUAGCAUCAACUGCGAACACCGAUUAUGCUGCUAACAAAAAAUCCUUAUUUUUUCCCUCUAUUCAAAAAUUUAGCCACACGGCAGUUCCAUGCAAUAGCCCAAUGCGAGUAGAAAAAUCAUUGCGCUUCGAAAACGAAACCGAAGAGUCAGCAUCUGAUCUUGAUUUUUCGGAACCUAUAUGUAAAGGUGAUCCCGAACAGGACUAUAUAUCCUCUUCAGGCGAGUAUGAAAUUGUUGGUGCACAGGAAGCGUUUACUACAGCCCAUGAACCGAAUGAUGAGGCCGUAUACGCCCGCGUUCAAAAGCCGAUGAAACAGCCCACCGCACCUCCGUUGCCGGCUAAAAUAAACAUCGACGAGGUUGACGGACUCGAGGACAGACUUCGGCAUGUAGUGGUCCAGCCGACGCGGAACAAGAGAGAAAAUGCCAAUAGUCAAGUGAAGCAACAGUUAAAUUUGAUUCCGAAAUCGAGUCUAUCAACGAAAUCAACGGCGUCAAAAGCAAAACCAAUUCUCCUCGAACGGAACCGUACAUACAAACUAGAGGUGGUGACCGAUUCUGAGCCAGCUGUUCGACAUCAUCUUCGGAUCACGGAGACGAACCGGGAAACAGGUGAGGUUAAGAUCAGUAAGGAGACUUGCUUCGGCGCUUCGGUGAGCUACGAGUUCGUAUCAGGUAGUACUCCAUCAACGCCGUCGGGCGAAGACUACCGAGAGACUGAGACCUGCAGAAGGAUCGAUCAAACCUCAUCCUUCGCGUGUGAUCUGACGCCGGGUAUAAACAAGGAUAUGACGGCCCCAUUCCUUGAUUGCGAAGGCGGAGACCUCUCGGCGCCGGCAACUGCCGCAAUUCAGUCGGAAGCGUAACAAGGCAUGAGGCUAACUGGCUUUAUAUGAGCAUCCCUUUUGGUUACUUCACUAAGACCAAGCAGGAAUGUAUUUCAAAUGUAAAAAACUCUUUUAUCGUUCGUCCCGAAUAUCUGAGCGGAAUACAUAAUAGAGCUAAAAGAGCAGACAUACUGCAGGAAAGACCGUCUUUACGGUGUAGGAUUUCCGUGAUAAUCAUGUCUGUCGCUGAUGUAUUUCAUCUGUAAUUAGUUGAUUUAAUAAUCUCAUAUGGUCUUCCUCCUGGCAUUUUUGCGUCGAUGAAGAAUUAAAACGUAAUGUUUGCACAAGAAAGCCCCAUACUGUACCCAGCUUUUCCGUCUUCCGAAGUGGCAUGGUGCACAUCCAGUGUACUGUUUUUGUUACUGCUCUUGAUAAGUUCCCAAAAUGCAGACAAAUUUCUAGUUAGCGAUUUCAGUUAAAGCCGACAAGUACUUGAAACAGACAAAGAAACUUGCGGGCCUACUUUUAACCCUUAGACUAAGGAUUACGAUAUUAACCAAUACGCCGGCUUACAAAACCAGAGUUCUAUCUCACCUUUUCACAUCUACGCUGUGGUAACCAAAUAUUAUUUAGAUAAGCAAUUAUGUGACAUUUGUGUAGAACACACGUGAUUUCUCAUCGUUUGCACGUCUACGAUGGUCCAUUGAUGGUGUCAACCCAGGCGAAGUCAUCUAGUUCGUCCCACGACAAAUGUACAAUGUAUAAUUGUUGUUUCUCCUCAGUUUGGUAAUGACAUCCAAAAUCCUUCAUAUGUGGUUCUUCAUAGCAAUACACUUAGUAUCGUUACAGAGACGGGUCGUAGCCAACCGAUGUAUUUAUCACUUGUAUAUUGGUUCCGUCUGCUUUUAACUGCUAUUGUGCUUUGACUUACUGUUGUUCUAGCAUAAACAGCACUAAUUUAUCCAAAAGCACAUGACCGUGAAAAAUUCGUGACCUAAAUCCUGUAUUAUUAAUCUUUUAUCUGUACCCUUGUGUAUGCUCGUGUGCAAUACAAUGACGCCAUCGUUGGAAUAUCGCCAGAAAGAACACUGUAAAAUGUAAAAUAUCAAACAACUGUACUAUAAACAAGUAUAAACGACAUAAGAGUAACGUUGUAAUAAGACAAGAAAAAAAUAAAUAGGCUAUGAUUAUAAGGCGCCAGAAAAAUGUAAGCGUUAUUUAGCGAUUAUGUGUAGGUUCUCAAGAUGGACACAUGAUACAUAAGCGGGCUAUUCUGCUAACAAUCACGGAUGACUUUAUGGUUGUCAAUUUUGAUAACGCUUUUAAGGUAUUUUGUUUCCCAGAUAGCGUUUAGUAAUAAUAGCUUCAUGGUAGAUGAAUAAUUGAUCUCGAGUGUUUUACAGGUUCUUGGCUAGGUAAGGUUGUAUGUUCAAUAGAAGCAGUUAUUUAGUGAUUGACGUAUAGACAAAAUAUUUGAAUAAAAAAAUACGUCCGUCUCUAACUCUCACUGAAAAAACAUGCGGUCGUUGAUAACUAAUCAAAAAUCUUCCUACGUAGUUUGCUUCGAAAAAACUAUAAAUAUAAAUUGUAUACAUAUAUUCUAAUUGUAUAGAAAAUAUUUUUUAUACAGAUAGGUAUCAUGAACUGUGAAGGAAGGGAGCUUACGAAGUGGAUACUGAUUUUUUGAUACACCUUCAUUUUUAA